AUGCCGUAUACCAUAGGUAACCGAAGAAUAAAAUUGGUGCCCGAUUUGUCAGAAGAAGACCAAGUUUUGCUACUCCAGAAUUCAAAAGUGUUCAAGUACUGCUUAAACAAGGCACUUCUCAAGUACCUCAUCAACUUGAAGACAAUUGUACACUUGUACUCCGAUGCAUUAACGAUUUAUGCGACGUUGCUCAAGAAGAUCCCCCAUUAUGAAGACAUAACUUUUAUGACCAAUGACUGUAAAAACAAGAUCCUACAGUUGGAAAAUGACUUCAAUGUCAUAUUUGGCAGAAACACUUUACAAGAGACGGAUUUUGACAAUGACGGCGAUGAUGUGUCAACGCCGAUGGAUUUUAGACACAUUGAAUUUCAGUCGUACGAGCAGAAUAUAAAGCCUUCGGCAAAGCUAAUCUUACAGUCAACUUUGGAGGCAUUUGAGUUUAUCAACAAGACCCUUCACUGCAUCGAGGUGUUCUUUAAGUCGUUUAGUAACUUGAAGAAGUUGUUGGUUCCGUUUCUAAAGCUGCAAACAACUGCAAUUUUAAGAUCAUUCAGAUAUGUUGCAGAGCUACUCCAGACUCAAUUAAUUGUGGACGACAUACCUCUGACUUUUGAUCCUACGGUGUGGUUCCAGUUGAGAGAAAUUGAAAGAAUUACCAGCAAUCUAGAGCGCGAGUCACUGACACUACUGCAGGCAUUCAACACAUUUGAAGGUUCUCUAGUUCAUUAUACUAAUUUACUAUUAGGAAAAGCCAUUCUAAAACGCACCAUUGAGGAAAGGGACUGCUUCUUGAUAAGGCGAAGAGAGAUUUGCUACCAGGCUUCGGAGCACGUAGUUAGUAUUCCAUUAACUGAGGAAAAAACCUCAAAUGAUAAUCCAAUAAUGUCAUUUGGCCAAGCCUUGACUUAUAUUGUCAUGGUUUUGGUUGCUUUGGUUGCAUUUGUUUUAUAUAGGUUGAUUAUAGUCAUGAUUGGGAGCUAG